UCCCUCCUUGAUAGCAGUUGAGUGCAUUGGAAGAUUGGAAGACCACCCUCGCCCUCAUACCUCAAACCCUCCUCCCACGUAUUGUUUUCUGUCGGCCGUCGGAAUUUAGUUCAGCAGCCCUCAUGGCACUCCUCAGCAUUGCGAACCUCGCCCUUCUGGGGCUGGGCUACAUCGCCUGGUGCGCCAUCUACCAGAUCGUCUACUACCGCUUCUUCCACCCUCUCUCCCAAUUCCCCGGCUCCUUCUGGGCCAGCGUGACCAGGUUAUGGAUUGCCUACCACAACGUCAAGGCGGACGAGUGCGAGGUGUACCAGGAGCUCCAUAAGAAGCAUGGCCCCAUCAUCCGCAUCACCCCGACCAUGCUCCUCGUCAGCGACGCCACCAAGCUCCCCGUCAUCUACAGCCGCAAUGCGAACAAGUCGAAGCACUACAUUACCGGAAGCUUCGGCAAGGAUGAAUCCCUCUUCAACAUGCAGGACUCGGCCAUCCACGCCCGUUUCCGCAAGAUAGCGGCAGCCCCCUACAGCUUCUCCAACGUGAAGAAGAUGGAACCGCUCAUCGACGAACAGAUCGAGAACUGGAUCUACAAGCUUGACGAGAAGUUCGCCGGCACCGGCGAGAAACUCGACUUUGCCCCCUGGGCCGUUUACAUGGCCUACGAUGUCAUCUCCUCUGUCGGCUUCGGUGCGCCCGUUGGCUUCAUCGAGAAGGGUGAGGACGUUAGCGGUCUCAUCCAGGCGUUCCACGACGGUCUGGUACCCUUCGGUCUCAUGGCUCGGCUUUAUCCUUUCACCAACUGGGUCAAGAGCACCUUCCUCGGCAAGUACCUGGUUGCGAGUCCGGAGCAGGAUUCUGGCAUUGGUAUUUUGAUGCGAUUCCGGGAUCGUCUUAUCGAGCAGCGGUUUCAGGAUAUUAAGGCUGGAACGACCAACGGCCGUUUCGAUCUUCUCCAGACGUUCGUCGAAGCCCGCGACGAAAACGGAAAGCCCCUUGACCUUGAUUAUAUCAAGGCCGAGAUUCUCCUUGUCCUCCUCGCCGGCGCCGACACCACUGGUACCACCUUCCAAGCGCUCAUGCUCCACAUCCUCGGCAACCCGUCCGUCUACGACAAGGUCAUGGCCGAGAUCGAUACGGCCACGCGCGAGGGCAAACUCCCUCCCCAAGGCGAGAUGCCCCAGCAUGACCAGGUCCUCACCCACUGCCCCUACUACGUCGCCUGCGUCCGCGAAGCCCUGCGCCUCAACCCCGCCGCCCCCAACAUCUUCCCCCGCCUCGCGCCGCCCGGCGGCCUGAACCUCGACGGCAAGUUCGUCCCCGAGGGAACCGAGCUUACGUGCAACCCUUGGCUCGUCCAUCGGGACGAAAACAUCUACGGCCCCGACGCCGGGGCGUUUCGUCCCGAGCGCUGGCUCGAAGAUCCCGAGAAGGCGAAGGAGUACCUCAAGUACAACAUGGGCUUCGGGUACGGUCCCCGCGUAUGCCUCGGCAGAGAUAUCGCCUACAUGGAGCUCUUCAAGGCGCCACUGCAGUUCUUGCGGCGUUUCCGGCCUACCCUCCUCAAUAAGCAGCAGCCGGCGCGCUACAUCGUGAAGGGUGGCGUGAGCUAUUUCGAGGAUAUGUGGGCGACUAUUGAGAAGCGAGCGCCUGUCGUCUAAGUGGGUGGGAUAAUGGGAGUUCAGCGCUGGGCCUUUACAACCUGUACCUAGUUGGACAGUUGAUGGCUCCAGCCUCCCAGAUGAUGGGAUCUAGUCAUGC